AGGCGGGGACAGAGGUGGGGGCGGGGAGCCGCGCCGAUCGUCCGGAGGCCCGCGAGCCCAGGGAAGCUCGCACCCGGGCCGCGGCGAGGGGAAGCGCUGGCGGAGGGACGGCCCCGGGCUCUGCCCCAGGCCUCCGGGGGCCGCGCGGCAACUUCUCUUUGGAAGCCCCGGGGGCGCGCGGGCGCGCGCUCCCAUGGGGGCACGCGCGUCCCCGGAGCCCGGCUCCCCCGCGCGCCCUCCGUCUGUCUUUUUUUUCCCCCCCAUCGCCUUCAUUCUCACACUCUAAAGUAGGUCACCGGUUGGAAGUUACACCCGAUGCAGACCCUGGCUUUGAUGCAAAGGCAGCUUUUCCGCCUCGGCUUCGGGGCGUGGGGGGUGGGGCGCGAAAUGCAUUGCAACUAUUCGGUUCCGUAGAGCUGCCCGCCCCCAUACCUCGCGGCCAGCGCCGGCGACCGUGGCGUUGACCGUGGUCCGCAGAGUGGGGAGGCGGGGAGCCUCCCUUCCACCCUAGUUGGGCCGGCCCCGCGCCUGUCCUCCCCGCCUCGGGUCCGGAGGAGGGGGCGCGACAGGUCGCCUCCCGAGCUCUCCGGCGUCCGCGUCCCUGGUCUGACCGCCUGGGGUGAGUGCCUGUUCUUCCGCGGUCACUCCAGUCGCCGAGGGUGACCUGCUUACCUUGAAAACUUAGACGUGGUCCUAACAGCGGAGCCUGGCUUGCAGGAAGGGACUGCCGGGAUGGGCUUCGGAUGUGACACCAGAUAAAUCAGAACCCAGAGCUGCAGGCGACCUGUUUCGUGUCUAAAGAACCUGUGUUCCCUGCGAAGACUCACACGGAGCGGCUCACCGUGGGAAAGGACCUCGCUGUUUGAUUCUCCUCCCACUAAACUGCGUUUACAUUACACACCGAGAAAAUUAUGAGCAACAACUGUCACUCUCUGAGGGUGGAAACUGCCAUGAAUCAAAAAGACAAGAAGUAAUUUUCUGUAAUCACAAGAUGACUCAGGCUGGCACUGCUUCCAACAGGACACAGGAUCCCAGGGGUCUGUUGCCAGGACUCCAGCCAGAGUCCUUCCAUCUGUGGGAGCCAAGUCCUGCUGGGACUCUGGAUGGCGCAGCACCUCUCUUCCACCGCGGAACCCUCUAAGGUCCAUGCUGUGAUCAUGAAGAUGCAUUCAAGUCUGAAAUAACUAAAGUCCUUCGCCUGCAAAACAAACUCUUCCUCAAGCAAGAGGGGAUCUGUUGGGAGUAUACCAAGUAGCUAAUAGAAUAGGAAAAACGAAAAACAAAACAAACCUCAGGAAAGGAUGGACCAUGCGGCCGCCCAGCUGGAGAAGCAGCACGUGCAUGAUGUGUACGAGAGCACCGCACCCUACUUCAGCGACCUGCAGAGCAAGGCCUGGCCCCGAGUCCGUCAGUUCCUCCAGGAGCAGAAGCCAGGCAGCCUCAUCGCCGACAUAGGUUGUGGGACUGGGAAGUAUCUGAAAGUGAAUAGCCAGGUCUACACCAUGGGCUGUGACUACUGCGCACAGCUGGUGGAGAUUGCCCGGAGCAGAGGCUGUGAAGUCAUGGUGUGUGACAACCUCAACCUCCCCUUUAGGGAUCGGCGCUUCGACGCCAUCAUCUCCAUAGGCGUCAUACAUCAUUUCUCUACAAAACAAAGGAGAAUCAGAGCCAUCAAAGAAAUGGCCAGGAUCCUAGUUCCUGGAGGCCAGCUGAUGAUUUAUGUUUGGGCCAUGGAACAGAAGAACCGGCACUUUGAGAAGCAAGACGUGCUUGUUCCAUGGAACAAAGCCUUGUGCUCCCAAGCCCUCUCGGAAGCCGGCCCGCCGGGGAGAAGGAGAGGCCCCCCCCAGCACCCGCCCUGCUCCGCCUGCCGCUGCUCCGAGUGUUUCGAGGGGCGCCCUGACUCGAAGCGGUCCCACAGCGUGGACUGCGACGCCGUCCUGGCUGGCACCUGCUGCGCAAAUACUUCCGAGGAAGGCGAGGAAGAAAACGGAUUCUAUAACACGCUGGGGAAAUCGUUUCGCUCCUGGUUUUCCUCUAGAUCUCUGGAUGAAUCCACUCUGAGGAAGCAAAUUGAAAAAGUGAGGCCCCUGAAAAACACAGGAAGUUGGGCCAAUAGCACGAUAUCCAUCCAGCCUUCAAGACACUCAAGUUUCGACUUGGGUCAUCCAGAGACUUUGUCCACGGGAGAGCAAAAUGCAGAUGAGGAAGUGUUUGUGGAGCCGUCUCAAGGACCUCUGGAGUGGCUGAGGGCGCCCACCACAUGCAAACAGCUAAAUGGAGACCAUCCUGGAGUCAUGAGGAGAAACGGAGAUGGGAAUUUUCUGGGUGGCACCAAUGCUAAGAACUGUGUGGAUGAAGAUAAUGUAGAAGAGGGCACCGCUUCUGGUAGUAAAUUAUGGAGGAGGGUUUCUGCAGCAGAUUCCACAGACUCCAACCCAGGGGACGCCAUUUCUGUCGAAGAACAACAGCCCGAUGUUUUGGAUUCCAGAGCCUUUAUGCGUUAUUACCACGUGUUUCGAGAAGGUGAGCUCUGUGGCCUGCUGAAGGAGAGUGUGUCGGAGCUCCAUAUUCUGAGCUCUGGGAAUGACCAUGGAAACUGGUGUGUCAUCGCAGAGAAGAGGGAGAGCUGUGACUGACGGGCUCAUCUCAGACACGGCCUCCAAAAGAGGGACCGCGUUCUUCUCACGGGGUGUGUGAGGUGGUCCCUGGAACUGGCAUCCAAUGCUGUUAUCUGGUCUGUGUUUAAUCCAUUUAUUCUGGUCUGUAGAGACUAUGAAUUCAGCAUCUUUUCAGUCAAGCGCAGUGGUUGGCUAUCUAAAGCAUCUGACAAAGUCUUUACGGUUAAAGGUUAAUAGAAGAGAUCUGAAGAAGCAAUAGAACAUGAACUCCAAUAUGGCCGAAUUGCUCUAACAAUACAUGUUUACACGCUUUUCAGUAUUAUAUAGUGAUUUCAAAAGAUUCUGCUUUUAAGUAUACCUUGUAAAAACAUCAUUUGUAUGCAGUAAGGGGGCAAUUCCUAGCUCUAGUUAUAAUUUACCACUGCACAAAUGUGAUAAAUUAUUUCAUGGCCAAGGCCUUGCUUCUGCUUAAAGUCUUUAGAAAGGUGAGAGACAGUAGAGAGAGACAAGCAGGGUUCUGAGAACUUUUCCAAAUGCUAAAUGAACUUGCUUCAAGGUAAGUAAAACACAAGGUUUUUGAUGUUGCCCAGAAGGCUUUUAAAGGCACGGUCAGCAUGCAGAGUAGAUAUGUGGGCACUAGAAGACAUUGCAAGUUAUCCAGGAGGUAUUUUUCCAACCUUAUUAGAAGCAGGAGUAUCCAGUCACAGAAAGUCCAAGACUGACUACUGAAUUUUCAUCUGGAAUGAUGCUUUUCUUAUGCACUGAAGGGAUAUUUAGAAAAUAAAAAUCUGGUUGAAGCAGCAUUUUAUUUUGGUUCUCGAAACAAGUAGAUCAUUAAGGAGCACGAUAUUUGGACUUGGUGGAGGGCUAACUACUGGAUUUUUAAAAAUAAUAUCUGGGCAUUUAUCCCCUUGAAAGGGACUACAUUUUAAUGGUUAUAGUAAGAAUGUAGACAAUCAAAUCUUACUAAUUAAAGGUUCAAUUUCUGCCACUUUAUAGACAAAUGGAUAGCUGGGCACUGCCUGAUCACCACUUCUGUUUAGUUUUAACCAUGGAUCUGUUUAUAUCCAUGUCAUGGAUACUGAGACAUAGCUAUGAUUAGGAAAAGCAGGCAUGAGUUGACCCAGGAAUACAGUCUCAGACAGUUCCUUAAUGAGGAGAGAAUCAACACUUGACAAAAGUCUUUUUACUGUAUGGGCUACUAUAAACCUGGAGGAUACCCAAUUCUUGUUUUGCUUUCCACUGAAAUUACUAAAAUAGUGUAACUUUUUCCCUUCAGUGAUUGUGUUCUAACUAAAAAUACUGAUGAUACUUUCAAAGAAGUUUAAAGGAUUAUUUUUAAUGUGCAUCUGAAAGUACUGAAGUUUAUUUUAUUACUCUCUUGGCUUCAAAAUAAGAUUGUGUCAUCACCUUUUUGGUUGAUGAGGUUGUUGGGUGGAAAUGAGAUCUAUGAUUUGUAUUGUUCUGCACACAGUCUGCAUUAGAGGGACAAUAAAAACAAACAUAAAAGUGGAAUAUAAAUUAAAAUUUAA